CUGCGCUAGCCUACUAAGCUAUUACCUACAACAACCAAGAAGAUGACUGGCCGUGGCAAAGGAGGCAAAGGGCUCGGCAAGGGAGGCGCUAAGCGGCACCGCAAGGUGCUUCGUGACAAUAUCCAGGGCAUCACCAAACCCGCCAUUCGUCGUCUGGCUCGACGUGGAGGAGUGAAGCGAAUCUCCGGUUUGAUAUACGAGGAAACCCGUGGUGUGCUGAAGAUUUUUCUGGAAAACGUUAUCCGGGACGCUGUGACGUACACUGAACAUGCCAAACGGAAGACCGUCACUGCGAUGGAUGUCGUCUAUGCGCUUAAACGCCAGGGACGCACAUUACUUGCAUCAUCGUGCAUCCAUCAACUCGUCGUCUACAACUGUGUGUGGAAGAAAACCAAACCAAACGAACGCGCAAUGGCUGAAACUGCUAUCGACGUUGCUGCCACGGCCCCUGCCGUCGUCGCCUCUCCGCCAGCUGCCAAAGCACCACCGAAGCAGGCGGCCAAGGCUAGCAAGAGUGACGCCAAGAAACCGAAAAAAUCUUCAACCCAUCCACCAGUGAGUGAGAUGGUUCUGGCUGCCAUCCGGACCCUGAAGGAACGGAGCGGAUCAUCACUGCAGGCGAUCAAAAAGUACAUCGCCGUCAACUACAUGUGUGACGUCGCCAGGCUGGCUCCGUUUAUCCGGAAGGCUUUGAAAACGGGUGUCGAGAAGGGAAACAUCACCCAGACCAAGGGUACCGGUGCUUCCGGAUCGUUUAAGGUGACGGUCGAAGCAAAGAAACCGGCUGGCGAUAAGAAACCACCAUCGGGUGCAGCGAAAAAACCGAAGAAAUCGGCUACUAAAUCCGGGGAGAAGAAAAAUCCGCCGGCUGGUGGUGGUGAGAAGACCAGCAAGCCCAAGGCGGCGAUCGCGGCCGCUAAGAAAUCGGCUACGAAGAAAGCGAAAGCUGCUGCCCCUGCAAAGGCGAUGACUGGCCGUGGCAAAGGAGGCAAAGGGCUCGGCAAGGGAGGCGCUAAGCGGCACCGCAAGGUGCUUCGUGACAAUAUCCAGGGCAUCACCAAACCCGCCAUUCGUCGUCUGGCUCGACGUGGAGGAGUGAAGCGAAUCUCCGGUUUGAUAUACGAGGAAACCCGUGGUGUGCUGAAGAUUUUUCUGGAAAACGUUAUCCGGGACGCUGUGACGUACACUGAACAUGCCAAACGGAAGACCGUCACUGCGAUGGAUGUCGUCUAUGCGCUUAAACGCCAGGGACGCACAUUGUACGGUUUUGGUGGUUAA